CUUGCUAGUCUAGGGUGUAAGAAAAGAGUUGGUGCAUAAGGUGGCAGAAGAGGCAGUGUAGAAAAGGAGUUAAGGAUAACAUUUCAGAGCUCAAAUACUCACAUUUUCUUAAAAGAAAUGGAGAUGGGGUUUAUGUAAAGAUUUAUAUCUAUUUUGGCAUAGUUCUAGGCUUGUGUUUCCUCCAUCGCUCAAAAGAAAACUUUUUUUAGGCGAAUAUGAACCCUUCCCACCCUCAAGAUGACUACAAGAUCAAGGACACGAAGCCACAGCUUGGAGAACGGUGGCCGCAUGGUGGAGUUCGUGGUGGUGGAGGGUGGAUCAGCAGUGACAGAGUCACGAGCACUUAUGACCUUGUGGAGCAGAUGUAUUACUUGUAUGUUCGUGUUGUGAAAGCUCGGGACCUCCCAACGAACCCUGUCACGGGGAGCUGUGAUCCAUAUGUUGAGGUGAAGCUCGGGAACUACAAAGGGAAAACGCAGCAUUUUGAGAAGAAAAUGAACCCUGAGUGGAAUCAAGUGUUUGCAUUUGCGAAAGACAAGAUUCAGUCCACGGAUCUUGAAGUCUUUGUUAGAGACAGAGAGAUGGUUGGAAGGGAUGAUUAUCUUGGAAAAGUUGUGUUUGAUAUGAAUGAAGUGCCUACAAGAGUUCCACCGGAUAGCCCUUUAGCCCCUCAGUGGUAUAGGCUAGAGGAUCGUCGGGGCGAAAGUAAGUUGAAAGGGGAAGUUAUGCUUGCAGUUUGGAUGGGAACACAGGCUGAUGAGGCUUUUCCUGAGGCUUGGCACUCAGAUGCUGCUACAGUUCAUGGAGAAGGUGUGUUCAGCGUCAGGUCGAAGGUUUACGUCUCGCCUAAACUGUGGUACCUUCGGGUGAAUGUAAUCGAGGCACAGGAUGUGGAAUCUGAAGACAAGAGCCAGCUGCCACAGGUGUUGGUGAAAGCUCAAGUUGGGAAUCAGAUACUGAAGACUAAGCUGUGCCCAACUCGGACGGCUAAUCCAUUUUGGAAUGAGGACUUGGUCUUUGUAGCUGCUGAGCCUUUUGAAGAGCAGUUAGUCCUCACUGUUGAAAAUAAGGUGACCCCAUCAAAGGAUGAGCUUGUUGGGAGGAUAAGCCUGCCGCUGCACAUCUUUGAGAGGCGUUUGGAUCACCGUCCGGUCCAUUCUCGUUGGUUCAACCUUCAGAAGUUUGGGUUUGGAGUUCUGGAAGGAGACAGAAGGAAGGAGCACAAGUUUUCGACUAGGAUUCACCUCAGAGCCUGUCUUGAGGGUGGAUACCAUGUACUAGAUGAAUCCACUAUGUAUAUCAGUGAUCAGAGGCCAACUGCUAGGCAGUUGUGGAAGCAGCCAAUUGGGAUUCUUGAAGUGGGAAUCCUGAGUGCACAAGGGCUUAUGCCGAUGAAAAACAAGGACGGAAGAGGCAGCACGGAUGCUUAUUGCGUGGCAAAAUACGGGCAGAAGUGGGUGAGAACCCGAACAAUAGUUCAAAGCUUGAACCCCAAAUGGAACGAGCAGUAUACGUGGGAGGUAUACGAUCCUUGCACUGUGAUCACGUUGGGAGUUUUCGAUAACUCUCACUUGGGAGGGAAUGACAAACCCGGCCCUGGAAAGGAUUCAAGAAUCGGGAAAGUAAGAAUACGUCUUUCGACUCUAGAAACAGACAGGAUUUACACUCAGUCUUACCCCCUUCUUGUCCUGCAACCAUCUGGACUGAAGAAGACAGGCGAACUCCAACUAGCAUUUCGAUUCACUUGCCUGUCCUUAGCGCACAUGAUAUACCUAUACAGCCGGCCGCUGCUGCCAAAAAUGCAUUAUCUGCAUCCUUUCACAAUCAGCCAACUAGACAACCUCAGAUAUCAGGCCAUGAACAUUGUGGCAUCAAGACUUGGUAGAGCUGAGCCUCCACUGAGAAAAGAAGUUGUCGAAUACAUGCUGGAUGUCGACUCCCACAUGUGGAGCAUGAGGAGAAGCAAAGCCAACUUCUUCCGUAUCGUUUCCCUGUUUUCCGGCCUCAUCAGUAUGAGCAAGUGGUUGGGUGAAGUCUGCCAAUGGAAGAAUCCAAUAACCACCAUAUUAGUCCACAUCCUCUUCUGCAUACUGAUCUGCUAUCCAGAACUAAUCCUCCCAACUGCAUUCCUCUAUAUGUUUCUGAUAGGCAUAUGGAAUUUCAGGUCCAGGCCAAGGCACCCUCCACAUAUGGAUACCAAACUUUCUUGGGCAGAAGCAGUUCAUCCAGACGAACUAGACGAGGAAUUUGACACUUUCCCCACCUCUAAACCUCAAGAUAUUGUUCGUAUGAGGUACGACAGGCUGAGGAGCGUUGCUGGGAGAAUACAAACAGUUGUGGGGGAUAUGGCAACACAAGGAGAAAGAUUUCAAUCACUCCUUAGUUGGAGGGACCCCAGAGCAACCAGCAUUUUCAUAGUUUUCUGCCUUUUCGCAGCCGUUGCUCUGUAUAUAACUCCAUUCAAGAUUGUAACUCUUUUAGCAGGCUUGUUCUUUCUCAGGCACCCAAGAUUCAGAAGCAAGAUGCCUUCAGCCCCCAGCAGUUUCUUCAGACGACUGCCGGCCCGAGCUGAUAGCAUGCUGUAAACAGUUCGCGCUUGCAAUUCUUGGUGUGAAUUAUCUUCUCCUAUCUAUAUAAUUAAGUUUCUAUGAAAUUCGCAUAGUUCUUCAA